GAAAUGUUAGUCGUAUAUAAAAGAUUGGAGUAGCAUAGACCUAUGCCUCUCAUAAACUCUACACGUUCAACCACUUUUAUAACCAACCACUCAACUCAACUCCAAUCUAAGAGCUACAUCUCUCAAGAGAGAAUCUCUACAGUAAAUAGCCAAUAACGAUGAAGCUCAAUACGAUCAUGCUUCUCCCAGCUUUCGCGACAGCAAUCCAUGCCUGGACUCUUGUACUUGGUGGGCAAGUCUUUGAUGGCAAGGGCAACAGGGGGUGUUCUAGGGUAACGGCGAAUGCCGGAUCGCGUCUGGAUUGGGACAGGGCGAUCUUGUCGAGUUGCUGCGUCCAUCUAUACUCAGAUGCGGGAUGCAGCAAACAGAACGGGUACUCUUGUAGUGAUUGGGAGAAGAACCUAGGUCAGAAUGUGAGAGCAUUCAAGGUUACAGACUGUUAGAGAUAAUGACUCUGCAAUGCUAUAGGAUUUUUCCACAUAUGCUUUUCUAUGUUACUCUAACCCAUUUAUCGUGCUAAACCCAUCUACG